GUAACUUAAUGGUGAUCUUCGUGGUGACGUUUUCUCGGCGGUUACGCAGCAUCACGAACUUCUUUCUGGCGAACUUGGCGGUGGCCGACUUCUGCGUGGGCAUAUUCUGCGUUUACCAGACGCUCACCAACUACUUGAUGAACAGCUGGCAGCUGGGCAAUUUUCUCUGUAAGGUGUAUAUGUUCGUGCACGCGCUCUCCUACACCGCUAGUAUACUGAUCCUCGUGGUCGUGUGCAUGGAGCGUUACUUAGCCAUCGUUUAUCCCAUCAAAUGUCGAUCCAUGUUGACCAGAAGUCGUCUUAGGAUAGUGAUAGGUGUGGUGUGGAUACUGGCGGCAAUAUACGCCUCGCCCAGGUUCUUCUACGUCGAGACAAUCAGCAAUCGUCUCAGUACCGGCGACAUCGACAUCAUCUGCAUCGCCAAUAUCAAGAAACACAACAAGAAUCUUCUGGACGUGGUGAACCUAGUGUUUCUUUAUCUCCUGCCGCUCUCUCUUAUGUGUUGCCUGUAUACCAGAAUCGCCGUCGGACUCUGGAAAAGCAGCGCCGCCCUCAAUGGACCCGGCCUGGUAGCCAAGAGCAGAAACGGUCGUGUCCACCACGUGCACACAUUGAGCAAGAACGUUCUAAAGGCGAGACGCGGCGUUAUCAGAAUGUUGAUCGCGGUGGUAAUGAUGUUCGCCGUGUGCAACCUGCCGCAACAAGCGCGCAUCGUCUGGCGACAUUGGGGCACCAACUACGACAACACGUCGGACUUCAGCACCUUGCUGACAGUGUCAACCUUCCUGAUCUCGUACAUGAAUUCCUGUCUGAAUCCGCUGCUGUACGCUUUUCUGUCGCGAAACUUUCGCAAGGGUAUGCGCGAGCUAUUGUACUGCAGGGGCGCGAAAAGCCGGGGCAGCGCCUUGGCGAUGGUGUGCGCCAGCGGCGACCACAAUCGCCACGAGAACGGGGCCAGCACCAACAUGCCUCACAGCUCGGUCGUGCGGUUGAGCUCGAUUCAGGAUAGCCCGUGCACCACGCAGACCAUCGCUCGGCAUAGCACUUACAAGAACACCUAGUGAAUCACCGCGUUCACGACGGAAAACAGAUCGUGAGAUCUCGACUUCGCACAGGGUACUCCAGGAGAGCUGACGGAAUCCUUCUCAGGGAGAGACACAGAAUGUUUUUAAGACAGUCUACAUUUUGAACUCUCGGCUUGUUUAUUUUGAAGAGACUAAGACAAAGUGUUGUG